UGUCAGUUGCGGCACAUGCGCCUUGCAGUCUGUGUUCUGCGACCAGAGCUGAGGCGAAGGCAGUCGUGUUCCUUACGUCUUGAUUCUUUCUGUCGAAGACGCUCCUGGGUGAAAUAUGAGUGAGCUUGUAAAACCAAGAUCCAAAUCUAAACAAAGAAGAAAUGAUCAAAAGUGUUCCCAGGGAAUUGAAACUGUGGUUGCCCAGCAGCUCAGUGAUGAUCAACUGAAACAGAAGGAGGCACCACCUGCGAAACAGGGUAUUACACCUGAUCAAGGGAAGGAAGCUGAAGGAGGACCUGUGGCUCAAGAGCCUGAUGGGGAAGUUGAUCUCUGGGAGCUGGCUGAGCCAAAGACUUGGGAUGAAGGGCAAUCACAGGUUUAAAAGAAGACUGAAGCUGAAAAGAAGCUUAAAAGAAGCUGAAACCAUGCAAAGUGUUCUUAUGUUGGAUAUUUCACUGUUAAAACUUUCUCAAUAAAGUUUUACAACUUUCUUCAAAGAAUCAUGCAAA